AGCACGUAACACGUCAGGCAUGCUAGCGCUGCUACCGUGAACAGUACGGCACAGGAGAGGCGUGUCUUGCGGUAGGACGUCUGUGUAAUAUUUUUUAAAAAUGCAUAAAACAACAGUAUCGGAGUCUGGAGAUCACAGUGGAAAGGGAAAGAUGAACACUACUGCUUCGGGUUCCAGUGAGAACGCCAGCGCCUCGGAGAGGAAACGGAAAAUGACCGGUUCUGAUAAGGAGCCGGGCAAAAAGCCGCACCUGUCAGCAUUGAUCCUGGCGAGGGGCGGCAGCAAAGGCAUCCCCUUGAAAAACAUCAAGGUGCUGGCGGGGGUGCCGCUGAUCGGAUGGGUGAUCAGGGCUGCGUUUGAUUCCGGGGUAUUCGACAGCGUGUGGGUCUCAACAGACCAUGCUAAGAUUGCAGAGGUGGCUGAGGAGUUCGGUGCUCAAGUCCAUCGCAGGAGCCCGAAAGUUUCAACGGACUCCUCGUCUUCCUUAGAUGCCAUCCAGGAGUUUCUGAGGCUGCACAAUGAGGUUGAUAUCAUUGGAAACAUUCAAGCCACCUCCCCGUGCCUCCACCCCAACCACCUGCAGGAUGCGACGAGGAAGAUCUGGGAGGAUGGCUGCGACUCUGUCUUCUCUGUCGUGAGGCGCCACCAUUUCCGGUGGCAGGAGGUCAAGACAGGAGGUGUGGAUACCAAACCCCUAAACCUGGACCCUGCCAACAGACCUCGCAGACAAGACUGGGAUGGGGAGCUCUGUGAGAAUGGCUCCUUCUACUUUGCAACAAGAGAGUUGAUAGAGAAAGGAUAUUUACAGGGUGGUAAAAUGGCCUACUACGAGAUGCUUCCUGAAUUCAGUGUCGAUAUUGAUAUAGACAUCGACUGGCCAGUAGCGGAGCAGAGAGUCCUCAGGUUUGGAUACUUUGGGAAGGACCAGCUGGAGCAGGUGAAGCUGCUUGUGUGCAAUAUUGACGGGUGCCUGACCGAUGGGCAAAUGUAUCUGUCUGCUGGGGGAGAGGAGCUGGUGUCCUGGAACAUCAGAGACACCGCGGGGAUCUCCAUGGUUCAGGAGCAGGGAGUGGAGGUCUGUCUCAUCUCAUCCAGAGACUGCCACAUACACAAACUUCUAGCCAAGAAGACAGACUGCCAAUUAGAACAGAAUGCAGAAAACAAAGUGGAAGUUCUAGAGCUUUGGAAAAACAAAAGGAAACUGUCAUGGGAGCAGGUGGCUUAUAUGGGUAAUGAUGAAAGUGACGUGGAGUGCCUGAAGAAGGCUGGGGUGAGUGGGGUCCCCCACGAUGCCUCCUCGGAUGCUGUGAAAGCCGCGGGGUACACCUGCAGGAACAGCGCUGGACGUGGAGCGGUGCGUGAGUUCACUGACCACAUCCUGCUGCUCAGUGAACAGGCCAGGGCUAAGAGCCAGCAGAAAAAAAACACUGAAGAGUGUGUGUAGCUAACACCUGAACAAUCAUACAAAUCUUACCUCUUGCACACUACCAGUUUUGAAUGAAACAGACGUCUUAGCGAGCAUCUAUUUUCAUUUUAAAACUUUCCAUUUUAACCUGGUUGAGGAAAUCAGUUUUGCAUGUCCUUCAAAUCUCCCCCACCCCUUCAAUCGCUCCUUUCUUGUCAUUAACCGAACAGCUGCUUCCCCUGUUUCACGGACAUGCUUUCCAGUCAGCUUUGACCCAGAAGGCACAGCUGUGUUUAAAUGACCUAGGAAGUGAAUCCAUAACAGAUUUACUUGAAAGUCCAGCACAUAAACUGUGAACUUGGUUUAACAGCUAGACUGCAUGUUUGAGACCCUGUUUAAGAACUGGAAGUACCUAAUAGGUAAGAUUUAUGAAAUAAUUUGGUUAACUACAACCUCUUUGAGGCGUGAACAGACCAGCAGACCUCGUUUUAGCAGUGUCCGCCUUGUUUGGUUCUGGACAUGUGCUGCAGAUUCCUCCUAAUGUAGUGGAUUAUUUGCUUCUACUGAAAACCAAACUGCUGAUGCAAACUGACUGCCUGACUGACAGGCUUUCUGAUUUACAUUUUAAAUUAAACAACAACAUUGCUUUUUAUUGUAUUUUUUAAUUUGUGUACAUGUAUCUAGAGAGUCCCGUAUGUAAGUGUGCUGGAACUUGGUUAUCAAGUAUCAGGUUAGAUCUGUGGGAAUCUGCUUUUUAAUGAUUCCGAUGGCUCUAGUUUUCCAUGCCCCUUGCAUGUGUGUUUGUGUUGCAAUAGCAAACCUGCUUACAUUUCUGGUAGGUUGAUUAACUAGUGCCCAGUGUGAUACAGUAAUAAUUACUUGUCAAAAUAUUGAUAAUAAUAAUUGAGCUCUUGAUUUUGAGAAUCUAGUUAAAUGAUUUAGUUUGAAUAGUGGAUGAUUUUCUACAAUAAGGUGAGAGGUGUUGCAUGGGGUUUAUGCACUUUUUUUUUAAGGACAAUGAAGAAUUCCUUGCCAUGUAUUAAAUAAAGGUUUAAUAUAAUGAUUCUGAUAGUGAAGGGUUGUUUAAUAAAUGAAUCAAUG